GUCAAAAGUUGGCUGAGUUGUUUGAAGUAAACUUCCAGGAAGUUGCAGCGCUCGGGCUGCAAGCUGUGACUAUGGUCAGCCCAGUCAGACCCGGAGAAAUUAUUCAUCUGAAUGUGGGAGGAAAGAGGUUCAGUUCCUCUCGACAAACCCUCACAUGGAUCCCAGACUCUUUCUUCUCAAGCCUCCUGAGUGGACGGAUCUGCAGCAUGAGGGAUGAAACCGGAGCUAUUUUUAUUGAUCGUGAUCCAACUAUGUUUGGUACAGUGCUGAAUUUUCUUCGUACCAGAGAGCUGGAUGCCAGAGAUAUCAAUAUUGGAUUGCUUCGUCACGAGGCUGAAUUCUAUGGAAUUUCACCACUAGUCCGUCGCCUGGAAUUGUGUGCAGAUUUGGAGCGCUCUUCCUGUGGAAGCGUCCUGUUUCAUGGAUAUCUCCCACCUCCAGUGAUCCCAGCCAUGAGAAGGAACCGGUACAGCCUGGCUAGCCCGCAGAUAGUGGGGCCUCGGCUUGAGGGCACUGACCGAGUACCCGUGCGGAGGAGCAACACCAUGCCACCCAAUCUGGGCAACGCUGGCACUGUUGGGAAAUUCCUGGAGCAGCGCGGAAGCGGGUCACCGUCUCAUCCUGGCAUGGUGCGGAUAGUGAGAGGGCAUCACAACUGGAUCGCGGUGGCCUAUGCGCAGUUUGUGGUGUGUUACAGAUUGAAGGAAUCGUCAGGCUGGCAGCAGGUUUUCUCCAGCCCACGUCUGGACUGGGUCAUCGAGCACGUGGCUCUCAAUGCCAAGGUGAUGGGCGGAUCCCUCGGCGAUAAUGACAAAAUGGUUGCCGUGGCUUCCUGCAAUGAGAUUAUCCUGUGGGCCAUCCAUGAGGGCGGCAGUGGCAGUGAGAUUGGAACCUUUGCACUGGGACCUCCACUUGAAGGGUUAUUCUUUGUGGGGAAUCAGCUAAUUGCAACAAGUCACACAGGGCGGGUUGGAGUGUGGAAUGCAGUCACCAAACACUGGCAGAUUCAGGAUGUGGUGCCAAUAAACAGUUAUGAUACUGCUGGCUCCCUGCUAAUCCUCGGCUGUAAUAACGGAUCGAUAUACUAUAUUGAUGUCCAGAAGUUUCCUCUGCGGAUUAAAGACAACGAUUUGCUUGUUACAGAACUUUACUGUGAUCCAUCUGAAGAUGCCAUUACUGCACUGAGCGUCUAUCUCACCCCAAAGACCAGCGACAGUGGGAACUGGAUUGAGAUUGCGUACGGGACCAGCUCUGGCAUGGUGCGAGUGAUUGUUCAGCAUCCCGAGACGGUGGGAUCAGGACCUCAGCUCUUUCAGACAUUCAGUGUCCACCGAAGCCCCAUCACCAAGAUUCGACUGUCCGAACGUAAUCUCAUUUCAGUGUGUGCUGAUAACAAUCAUGUCCGAACGUGGACUGUGACCAGGUUCCGGGGAAUGAUCUCCACCCAGCCAGGAUCUACUCCACUUGCUUCCUUCAAAAUACUCUCCCUGGAAGACUUGGAUGGCCAUGGAGGAUGCUCGGCAGGACUGGACAUUGGCCCAUUUGGAGAUCGGGAUGAGGAGCAGGUUUUUAUUCAGAAGGUUGUCCCAGACACCAAUCAGCUCUUCGUGCGUUUGUCCUCAACUGGUAGGAGGGUCUGUGAGAUCCGUUCAGUGGAUGGACUUGGCAUCACAGCUUUCACUGUCCACGAAUGUGAGGGUUCGAGCCGCAUCAGCUCACGGACCAGACGAUACCUGUUCACGGGGCACUCCAAUGGCAGCAUUCAGAUGUGGGACCUCACAACUGCAAUAGAGGCCGUCGGCAAAGCAGCAAGUGCAGAGUCCGGGGGCCCCACGCAACAGGAGCUCCUGGAGCAACUUGAACAGUGUGACUUGACGCUGGCCCGAACUCCUGAUGUCAGCCCUGCGCAGUCGGUCACCCAGCCCUCUACCCUCCACCUGUCGUCAUCCAGCCAAUUUCUGACGUCCGAUGGGUUCCGGGAGAGGCUGCUGCGGAGUGGGACAGGAGGACCGCGAGUGGAUAGUCCCAGCCUGACCAGACAGCGCGAGGGAUCUCCCAGUUUGAAUAGCCUGCAGUCGUCCAUUGCUACUCGAACGUCACUGGAGAAAAGUGACCUCGUUAGCUCGGGAAAUGCUCAAAUGCUGAAACCUGUUGGUGAAGCGAGGCUACGGCGUUUUCAGCACCAGGCAGACAAUUUGACCACAUCUGAGGGUGAGAGCAAGUUGGGGCAGAGGGGCAGCUUUGUGGAGCGUUGCCAGGAGUUGGCACGUUCCAACGAAUUUAGUGCUGUGGAUCUGCGCCGGCUCAGCUGUGAGUCGGACAGAAGAACUUCGGUGAUAAAUAGAACCCUGUCUGAAUCCAACUCAAUACCGGGAUCAAGACCCAUGCAAGCCAGUCCCGCCGGACAGGAAGCCCAGCCAGUAGCAAAUUCCCUCAGCUCACCUGCCGAAUUACCAGCUGCCUCGAGACCCAGAAUGAAUGAGACUUCAUUCUAACGCUGACUGCCUCGCAACAUUUCAUGUGAAUCCAGACCGCCAGACUUUUCCAGCUGGGAGUUCCAAGGAAGGGUGUGGAAAGAUUUUUGGGUUGGGUGAUUUGAAGCAGGUACUGACCCCUGACCUUUGGAUGAGUUGUUACUGAUCUCCAAGUGUUUCUCUUUCAAAUUGGAGAUGAAAUGAGCUGCAGGUCCGCAUAAAAUUCCAGUUGAACUGGCUGCCACGUGAGGGUGCUGCAGAUCCACGGAAAAUUCCAGUUGAACUGGCUCCUGCAUCAGGGAGCUGCAGAUCCACGGAAAAUUCUGGUUGAACUGGCUCCCACAUCAGGGAGCUGCAGAUCCACAGAAAAUAACUGCUGAACUGGCCCCACAUCAGAGAGCUGUAUGUCCAUAGAAAAUUCUGGUUGAAUUCGCUCCCAUGUCAGGGAACUGCGGGUACAUAGAAAAUUCUAGUUGAACGUGUCCUCACAUCGGAGAUCUAUGGGUCUGGGGAAGUCCAGCUGAACAGGCCCCCACAUCAGGGCUCUAUGGGUCUGGGAGAGUCUGGUUAAACUGGCCCCCACAUCAGGGAUCUGUGGAUCUGGGGAAGUCCAACUGAACUCGCCCCCACAUCAGGAAUCUGUGGGUCUGGGAGAGUGCGGAUAAACUGGCCCCCACGUCAGUGAUCUGUGGAUCAAAGGAAGUCCAACUGAACUGGCCCCCAGAUCGGGGAUGUGUGGGUCUGGGGAAGUCCAACCGAACUGGCCCCCAGAUCAGGGCUCUGCGGGUCUGGGAGAGUCCGGAUGAACUGGCCUCCACAUCAGGGAUUUGUGGGUCUGGGGAAGUCCAACUGAACCGGCCCCCAGAUCGGGGAUGUGUGGGUUUGGGAGAGGCCGGAUGAAUUGGCCCCUACAUCAGUGAUCUGAGGAUCCAUGGAAAACUCCAGCUGGUUCUGGACCUGCUUGCAGUGACUUUGUGAGAGUCUGUGUUGCCAGUAAUUUAUAUGGCUGAGAACUCCAUCUGCUUUUGGUUAAAGUUCACAUGAAUCCAGGUCCAGAGUGCAACAUGAGUUGCUUCAUUUCUGUGUUACAAUUUCUGGAGUAAACUCCACCUGCUUUUAAUGUUACAUUUCCAUUUACAUGUUGGUUCCUCAAGGAUUAAAAGAUAAGAAUCGAGGUCCAACCCAAAGGUGCAACCCAUGCAUUGCUUCAUUUCUGUGAUGUGGUUCCUAGUGCUGAUGUUCUUCGGUUUACUUCUUCUGUUACAAAUGUUGAUGCACAUCUGGUGAUGGCGAUCUCUGUUACACUGGAUCACAUUUUAUCUUGCUAACUUCGAAUGUAUAUGCACUCUCCCUCCCCUCCUCUCUUGUGUAAAGUCCCGUGGACUCGGCUUGUUAGUACUGAAUCAAAAUUUGGUUUAAUAUGCCAGCAUAUGUCAUGAAAUGUGCUGUUUUUGCAGCAGCAGUGCAAUGCAAUACAUCAUGAGAGAAACUGUGAAUUGUGAGCAGGGUAUGUCCUGAGUGAUGGGGGUCCUUGAUGGAUGCUGCCUUUUUGAGGCAUUGCUCCUGGAAGAUGUCCUGGAUGCUGCGGAGGCUAGUGCCCAUGAUGGAACAGACUAAGUUUACAACUCUCUGUAGCUUCUUUUGAUCUUGUGAAGUGCCCCCCCCCACCCCACCACGCCCAUACAAGACUGUGAUGUAGCCACUUUGAAUGCUCUGCACGGUACACCUGUAGAAAUUUGUCAGUGUAUACGGUGUCAUACCAAAUCUCCUAAAACUCCUCAUGAAAUAAAGCUGUGCUUUCUUUGUAGCUGCAUCAAUAUAUUUGGUCCAGGAUAGGUCCGCAGAGAUUUGAUACCCAGGAACUUCAAAUUGAUUGCUCUUUCCACUUCUGACCCCCCUGAGGCCUGAUGUGUGUUGCAACUCAUUGCUGAAUACCACUGAUACACCUCGCUCCUGCAUGCCUUCUUGCCGUCUCAUCACCAUCUGAAAUUCUGCCAACAAUAUUGGCAUAUGGUAUGGAUAGGGGGAAAAAAAAGUAGUUGGCAGAAAAAAACGCCUCAUUUGUUUUGUGUUACUUUUUAAAUGUAGCAUAUCUUCAUUCUAGAUUUAAGGCGAAACAUCCCUUCCACCUUCACCCUAAUUGAGAACCUUCAGGAUCUUCAGUCAUUAUUUCCUACUCUUCUACUCUGGUCGCCCCACUAUAGGAAGGAUGUUGAGGCUUUUCAAAGGGUGAAGAAGAGGUUUACCAGGAUGCUGCCUGGUUAGAAGGCAGUAUAAGCUUGGGUUGUUCUUUCUAGAGCAGCAGAAGCUGGGGGAAGAGCUGAUAGGUUAUCAGAUUACGAGAGGCAUAGAUAGAGUAGACAGGGAGUAUUUUUUCCAACGAUAGAAAUGCAAGAAAUUCAAUGCAAGAAGUAUCGUAGGAAAAGCGGAUGAGCUCAGGGCAUGAGUCAGCACCUGGAAUUAUGAUAUUGUGGCCAUUAGUGAGACUUGGCUGCUGGAGGGGCAGAACUGGCAGCUCAGUAUUCUGAGUUUCCAUUGUUUCAGAUGCGACAGAACAGGAGGGAUUCAAGGUGGUGUUACUAGUCAGGGAAAAUGUCACAGCAGUGUUCUGUCUGGACAGACUGGAGAACUCGACUAGUGAUGCAUUAUGGGUGGAACUGAGAAAUAAGAAAGGUAUGACCAUGUUACUGGGGCUAUAUUACAGACUGCCCAUACCGAGCUUCCUCAACCAUCUGAGGUGAAGGAGGUGCUAUUGUGCCUUUUUCACCACACAGCUGGUGUGUACAGACCACGUGAGGUCCUCAGAGAUGUGGAUGCCGAGGAACUUAAAGCUGUUUACCCUCUCAACCCCAGGUCCACUGAUGUCGAUAGAGGUUAGCCCGCCUCCAUUCCUCCUGUAAUCCACAACUAGCUCCUUUGUUUUUACGACAUUGAGGGAGAAGUUGUUUUCUUGACACCAUUGCGUCAGAGAGAUGAUGUCUUCCCUGUAGGUCUCCUCGUUAUUGUUUGAGAUAAGGCCAAUGUAGUGUCUUCGGCAAAUUUAAUUAGCAGAUUAGAGCUAUGGGUGGCGACACAGUCAUGGGUAUAUAGGGAGUAAAGGAGGGGACUCAGUACACAGCUCUGAGGGGCUCCUGUUCUGAGAGUCAGAGGGGUGGAGGGAGCGCACUCUUACCACCUGCUGGCGAUCUGGCAGGAAGUCCAGGAUCCAGCUGUACAAGGCAAGGUCAAGGCCGAGGUUCUUGUAGAGUCUGGAUGGAACUAUUGUGUUGAAUGCUGCACUGUAGUCCAAGAACAGAAUUCUCACUUAAGCAUCCUUCUUCUGCAAAUGUGUAAGGACAGUAUAUAGAGCAGUGGCUAUUGUGUCGUCUGUCGAUCGGUUGUAUUGGUAGGCAAAUUGUAGAACAUCCAGUUUACGUGGUAGCAAGCUGCAGAUGUAAUCCUUGACCAGCCUCUCAAUGCAUUUGCUUAUUUUUGAGAUGAGUGUGACAGGAUGCCAGUCGUUCAGGCAUGUUGCCUUGGUCUUUUUUGGUACAGGGACAAUGGUGGAUAACUUGAAGCAGGAGGGCACUCUACACUGGAAGAGGGAGAGAUUAAAAACUGUCAGUAAACACACCUGCCAGUUGUGCUGUGCACAUCCUGAGUACUCGUCCGGUCCCGCAGCCUUGCGACUGUCCACUCGUUGGAAACACCUGCGUGCUUCAGCCUCAGAGAUGACCAGGUUGCAGGUUGUAGCGGUGGCUUUCCUCGGAGGCUCAGAGUUAGCGACAUUGAACCGAGCAUAAGAGUGAUUGAGCUCAGCUGGGAGAGAGGCCGCAAUGUUAGCGGCACCACAAUGUUUGGGAGUAAUUCAAAUAGAGGUUGUUACAUACAGGGAUCAUUAAUGGUUUGUGAAGUUCUUGUAGAAUCAACAAGGUGAUUGAUAAUGAUUUGCUUGAUGAAAUAAAUCUCUAGGAUUAG